GGAUCUUUCUGCUAACUUUGCAAAAACCCUCACUCGCUCCUGAUCUGGGUGGUUUGAACGUGUUUACCAUGAAUGUCAGUAUAUAGGCGCACAAAGAUUUCAGUGCCGGCUGAUUUGACCACCGAGAUCCGAGUGUUCGCUGAGUUGACCGCAGUACGAACUUAUAGCAGACAGUCUCGACACCAGCUCUUGCAUCAACGCCGUUUCAUAAGUAGAAGAGGUCAGGUUUCCAUGCACUCUGACAACGACACACAUUUUGUUGGUGCAGAAAAAGAGUUGCGAGUGGCCAUUGAGAAGUUCGGUAAAGUUGGAAAGAGAUUCACAGAUUCAGACUUCACGGCUCAAUAACUCUUUCACGAAACGGAGUUAAAAGACUAACGGCAUCUCUCUGUGACCGUCGUGAUGUCGACAACAAGCUACAACCUUUUGGAAACGUUUUGGAAAAAUGAAAGUUGUAGCUUGUUGUUGACAUCACUGCGGUCACAGAGAGAUGUCGUUAAUCUCUUUCCAACUUUACCGAACUCACAAUAUGUUAUCAUGCGUCAGAAACAUCUGUAGAAGAGAGAGAGAUACCUUUUCCGGGAGACCGUGGACUUGUAUUAGUGUUUUUACAUUGCAUUAUUUCUUCUUUUACUGAAGUGAAAUAUUUAAAUAAUUCUCCCACCAUUGGUUGUCUUCGAUUAUUGAUCUUAGUGGUGGCGGCUGUCUCUCUGCCUUUAUUUUGAAAUAAGAACGUGACAACGGAAGCGGAUGUGCCGUACGGAACCUGUUUAGUGACGCACAGUCCGCCAUGUAGGACACAAAUGAGAGCGUAACGUUUACACGGAAGAGUGUUGUGUUUCAAGCCCAACCGACUCUGGUUCAAGUUACUAUUUACGCUCGAAUAAAAUGCGCAGCGGACCGGCGGACACGGAGAGUCGAGCUUAGCGUCUGACCGAAGAAAAAAAAUGGAGGCGAGAUUUGGCAGCGAAGUGGCGUCGGUCGUGGAAGUCGCCAUCCAGGCGACCGUGUCCGUUUUCCGGGACGCCUGGGCGAAAGAGGCGCCAAACGCGCAGUGGGAGGAGGCGACGUUCGGCGAAGUCCAGGAGAUAGAGAAGGUCCUGGUGGUCCAGAUCCACAAGGUGUUCACGGAGUUCUCCUCUGAGCUGUUCGAGGAGAACGAGGCUCUGCGGGCCAAAGUGGAGCAGCUGGAGGACGUGCUGCAGAAGAAAGCCGGGCAGCUGGAGCAGGAGCUGGAGGCCAGAGUGGGUCAGCUCGGCAGGGAAAUGGAGCAGCUGGAGAAGGAGCUGAGGAGCAUCGGGGACGGCGGCACCAAGGCGCAUGGAGGCGACCCGACCCACGUCCUGAUGCCGGACUGCUCGCUGAUAGGAGCCCCGGCGUCGUCCGUCUCCCACCCUCUGGUUGCUGCGAAGGAAACCGCGGCUGACCUGGUGACGUUGGAGUGCCCUGAAGCAGUUCCCAGCCCCACCGCUGGAUCGGUGACUGUCCGCAAACCAGCGGCAGCCCCGGUGGCGUUUGUCAACGGCGAAAUCACCACUCCCACGGUGCCGCAGGAGCCACCCGUCUCUGAAUCGACGCAGCCCGUCCGCAAUCAAGCGGCUUCUCCGGAGUCUGCGCCUCAGGAUGCCGCCAGCCCGGACUCAAGCAGUGCCAGUGGCGUUGACUCGGCACAGGAAAAGAUAUCUGUAGAAGAGGCACCUUCAGGGAGACCGAGGAGAACCAGGAGAGCAACUUUUAAAAUUGAAGAAGGUUCAACUGACAACAUCGCAGAAGAGAAACAAAUCAAGGCGGCCGGAGUGCCGGGGAGGAGGGUUAGCCAAAAAGACUCGCAGACGGCGAAGCGGUUCUCCUGCGAGCAUUGCAGCGUCACAUUCCAUUGGAAGGGCGACCUGAAGAAACACAUGAAGGUCCACAAGAAGCCUUUCCCAUGCGAGAAGUGUGGCAGAAGUUUCCUGGAAAAGAGGUCUCUGGAAAAUCACCUAUCGCGUCACGAGGCGAGCAAAGCCCCCCUGCCCUUCCCCUGCACCCAGUGCAAGAGGUCGUUCCGGAAGGAGGAGUCGCUUCAGAAUCACCUCAAGCGCCACCAGCGGUCCAAACCGCCGAAGCCGUUCGCCUGCGACCAGUGCGGGAAGACCUUCCGGAUCGAGAGGUCUUUGGAAAACCACCUGCUGCGCCACGAGAAGUGGAAGCAGAUGUUCCAGUGCCAGCUCUGUGACAAGACCUGCCGCACGUCGGUGCAGCUGAGGUGCCACAUGGCCGUGCACUCGGAGGAGCGGCCGUUCGGCUGCGCCACGUGCGGCAAGGAGUUCAAGAGCAAGGACACACUCCGCUUCCACCAGAUCGUCCACUCCAACUCAAAGAAGUAUAAGUGCGGCAUGUGCGACGAGACGUUCAAGUACGCCCACUCGCUGACCGUGCACAAGAGGAAGCACACGGGCGUCACGCCAUUCACGUGCACGGUGUGCAACCGGUCGUACCGGACCGGCACGGCCCUGAAGAGGCACAGCGUGGUGCACACGGGGGAGAAACCGUUCACCUGUCACAUCUGCGGCGCCCGGUUCAGCCUGAACAACAACCUCAAGCGGCACCUCCGCAUUCACACGGGGGAGAAACCGUUCACCUGCCAGGAGUGCGGCAAGAGCUUCUCGGACAACACCAAGCUGAAGUCCCACAUGCUCAUCCACGGCGCCAGGAAGCCGUUCAUGUGCGAUCUGUGUGGGAAGACCUUCCUCUUCAACUGCAGGCUGCUGAUCCACCAGAAGUACGUGCAUGCGGACCGGAGCGCGGACGCGGACGGCACUCAGCGUUUCUUCCAGACCCGGAAGCGCAACAAGUCGCUGGUGAAGCCGUUCAGCUGCAAAAUAUGCCUGCGGGGCUUCAGCGCCGCGUGCUCCCUCAAGCUGCACGAGCGGGGCCACAGCGAGCACAAGGAGUUCAACUGUGGCAUCUGCGGGAAGUCGUUCCACAACAAGUACUCUUUCGGCUACCAUCAGAGGAGCCACGCGGGGGAGAAGCGCUUCGUCUGCGAAGUGUGCGGCAAGCGAUUCUUCCACGCCGGCAGCCUGAAGCAGCACGAGCGCAUCCACACGGGCGAGAAGCCGUACAAGUGCGACCAGUGUGGCAAGGCCUUCCGAACGGACGGGAACUUCUACAGGCACCUGCGGAUCCACACGGGCGAGAAGCAGUUCGAGUGCCUGUACUGCCACCGGAAGUUCCAUCAAUCGAACCAGCUCAAGUCUCACAUGCAGAUCCACACGGGAGAGAAGCUGUACUCGUGCCAGCAGUGCUCCCGGGGUUUCUCGGAUUCGAGGCAGCUGAAGAAGCACAGCUGCGACGGGCCGAUGGCGCUGCUGUCUAACAGCAUUGUUGGUAAGAGUCGGCUGUUAGCAUUGAAGGUGAAAAUGUCAGAAAACUCAGUGUUUUAUUCAGAAACUAAAUCCAUCAUUGACACAGCCAUUAAGACUGCUGUUGAUAUCGGAACUUCCAAAGAAGAAACAUUAUCUACGGAGCCCAAUAUGAGACGUGAGGCGGAAAUGUUGGCGCAGGAGGUGACGAGAAAGGUUGACGCCAUUUUCUCCCAGCUGUCCUUGACGCUGCGCAACAAAAACAAGAGCCUGAAGGCCGAAGUGGGGCGGCUGGAGAGCGAGCUGGAGGUCACGACGGAAAACUUAGAGAAUGCCCGAACGUGGAGGGAGAACGUACUGAGCGGCUGCCCCAUCCUGUUCGAGCAGACCGGGUUGAUCUACACCUUGAAGCCCUUCGGGACGUUGAAAAGAAAGGCCGGUGCGUUGACGGAGGAAGUCACAGGUACGGCGCCCGCUGCCGGGAUGGAGAGUGGACAUGAUGCUGAUGUUGGAGAGGCAACGAAGGAGGUGAAUUCUGAAGCUAAGUCCUUAGCUGCCAGUCGACGAGAAAGUGCAGAGGAUUACACCCCGACAAACACGGCUGAAUCCCAAAACGCGGACAGCCAGAACGCGGUGGCGCCAGUCAAGAGCAAAGGGAAGUCCUUUGCAUGCGAAGUCUGCAACAAGAGCUUCAACCGGCGGCUUCAUCUGACGAAGCACGCCAACACCCACAGAGAGCAGCGGACGUUUGCCUGCGACCAGUGCCUGAGGAAAUUCCGGACUGCGGCGACCCUCGAGCACCACCUGCUGCGGCACGAGGAGAGGAAGUACGCAACCUUCGAGUGCCGGCUCUGCGAGAAGACGUUCAAGACCAAAAUGUACCUGAAGACCCACCAGCUCGUCCACACGGAUGCAAGGUCCUUCGUGUGCCCUGCCUGCGGCAAGGCCUUCAAGACCAAGCACGCGCUGGGGGCCCAUCGGGUCGUGCACACCGUGGAAAAGCCGCACAAGUGCGCCGAGUGUGGGGAGAGUUUCCGGUACGCGUUCACGCUGCAGUGCCACCAGAGCGUCCACACGGGGGAGCACCCGUACAAGUGCGCGGUGUGCGGCAAAGCUUUCAUCCGGAGGAGGUCGAUGCGGACGCACCAAUCCGUCCACAGCGGGAAGAUGUUCACUUGCGAGACGUGCGGCGCGGGCUUCACCCUGCAGCACAACCUUAAGAGGCACAUUCGCAUCCACACGGGCGAGAAGCCCUUCCGGUGUGACGUGUGCGGGAAGAGCUUCGUCCAGAACAAGCUGAAGGCGCACAUGCUCCUCCACGGCGCCUCCAAGUCAUUCAUGUGCGACCUGUGCGGCAAGACGUUCCUCUACAACUGCCAGCUGCAGAGGCACCAGAAAGUGAACCACGACGAGAGGCGCGGGCAGGUCAUCCGAAGAAGGACCCUGGGCAACCGCCGAGUCAUCUACCGGCGGGACAAGACCACGGUGGACAUGACGCCGUUCAGCUGCCGGACAUGCCGCAAGGGCUUCGACACGGCGGGCUUGCUGAGAAGACACGAGCUCAUCCACACGGGGCGGAGGCAGUACAGCUGCGAGGCGUGCGGGAAGUUUUUCUUCUACAAAGCUACGUACGACUACCAUCGACGGAUCCACUCCGGGGAGCGGCCGUACGGCUGCGAUGUGUGUGGGAAGAGGUUCAUCAUCCGCCAGGCACUCAAGUCGCACGAGCUGCAGCACUCCGAGGAGAAGCCGCACACAUGCGAGCACUGCGGCAAGGCCUUCCGGAUCUACACAAAUUACCUCCGGCACUUGCGGGUCCACACGGGGGAGAAGCCCUACGAGUGCGAGGUAUGCAGCGUGAGGUUCAGGCAGCUCGGACACGUCAAGUUUCACAUGCAGGUCCACACAGGGGAGCGGCCGUAUACCUGCGGGAGCUGUGGACUUGGAUUUUCAGACUCGAGGCUGCUCAAGAGACACAACUGUGCCGUUUCAUUACGAAAUGAUAUUGCUGAAACCACAUCUAUAAGCGGACACGUUGACAUCGGCAGAAUGUCGGACCUGGAGGCGCAGGUGGGCUCCAUUUUGGAGAUAAUGGUGAGUACGACAGUGACAGAAAUGACCAAAGUUAUCGGCGACUCCGCUCCAACACAGUCAGAAAUGUCGCCACGCACGACCGAAAACACUCCAGGGUCCUCAGAGGAGAAGGUGAUCCAGUUCAGCGUCUUCCUGACGUCUCUGGCUCGAGAAGCUGUAGAGAAGAUCUGCCAGCUGUUCCUCGAGUGUUCCUCUCUGCUGCAGUUAGAAGUGACGCAGGGUGUCGCAGAGAUCGAGGAGCUGAGGAGGAGACUGGAGGUGGUGGAGACGGAGCUGAAGGUCGUGCUGGAGGACAGUGAAUGCCAGGAGCUGGCGGAGGAGCCGGCGGAGGAGCUGGCGGAGGAGCCGGCGGAGGAGCUGACGGAAGAAAGCGGCGGAGAGAAGGAGUGUGGGGGGGCUCUGGCCAACGGACGAGAAGCAGGAGAGACUGUCCGGAGCCAGCGAUCGGGGAGGAAGAGUCGCGGAGUUGUGGCUUGUGGUGAUGCUGGAGUGAAGAGAUCGCCUAUAAUUCACCUGUGGAAAGGCAGAACCUAUGAGGACUGUGUCCAACCUGUGAUAAUAAAGGAGGAAGGACUGGAGGCGUUCGCUGACCAGGUGGCCACUGAUUCCGGUCCCUACAGAGACGAUCCAGGCCAGGAUGACGAUGACGACCCAGACUACCAGUUGGAGCCAGAAGAUCCAGAUGACGGCGACCCAGGAUUCAACGCCAGACCUAAACGCGCCGCAAAGCCCCCAAAGCCCCACCGGGGUCGAGCGAAGCGGGAGAGUCAGGGUCAGGGCCAGCAGCCUCUGAGCUGCAAACACUGCCGGAAAACCUUCACCAAGCUGCUGCAGCUUAAGGCCCACCAGGCCGUCCACGGGGCGAAUGCUGAGAAGCCCUUCCACUGCUCUCAGUGUGGCAGAGGCUUCUCUUUCCAGCGAAGCCUCAAUGCGCACGUGCUGCUUCACACGGGGGAAAGACCACACACCUGCGAUGUUUGUGGGAAGGGUUUCACCCUGAAGCAGCUGCUGAGGAACCACCAGCGCCUCCACGCCGAGGUACGCCCGUUUCGCUGCGAGCAGUGCGGCAAGAGCUUCUACCGAGCCCACGGGCUGAAAAUGCAUCAGAUGGUCCACACGGGGGAGCGGGCCUACAACUGCCAGUACUGCAACAAAAACUUCACGAUACAGGGCAACCUGCAGCGCCACCUGCGCAUACAUACGGGCGAGAAGCCAUUCCGGUGCGAGACAUGCGGGAAGAGCUUCAACCAGGCCGACACCCUGAAGGGCCACCAGCGGAUCCACACCGGCGAGCGUCCCUUCAACUGCGAGACGUGCGGCAAGUGCUUCAUCCAGAAGAGCGCCCUGAAGAUGCACCAGAAGAUGCACUCGGGCGAGCGGAAAGCGCUGGUGUGCGUCGCGUGCGGCACCGCGGCGGCCUGCGUGGACUCGCUCCGCAAGCACCUGCUGACACACGCGGCGGCCAUCCCGUGCACGUGCGUGCUCUGUGGCCGGCGGCUCGGCUCCAUCACAGACCUGCGCUCGCACCAGCAGCACCACACGGUGGACCGGCCGCACAGCUGCGGACUGUGCGGGAAGAGCUUCAAGUCGUCCAGCUACCUGAAGAUCCACCUGAAGACGCACAGCGGGGAGAAGCCCUUCGCCUGCGACAUCUGCGGCCGCAUGUUCACGCAGCACAGCAGCCUCAAAUCACAUCAGGUUGUCCACACCGGGGAGAAACCGUUCAGCUGUGACACAUGCGGGAAGUGUUUCAGCAACACGGGGAACCUGAAUCGACACCAGCGCAUCCACACGGGGGAGAAGCCAUUCAGCUGCGACACGUGCGGCCGCAGCUUCAACCAGGGCAACAGCCUGAAGGCCCACCAGCAGAUACACACCGGGGAGAAGCAGUUCAUGUGCGACAAGUGCGGGAAGAGCUUCUCCUACCUGAGGAACCUGAAGGACCACAAGUGUUUCUACGUCUGAAGCUGAACUCUGAAGAGACGUCUGCCCCCCCAUCCCCUUUGGCAUAGCAGUUUGGCAUCAGCAGGACACUCUCUGACUUGAUGGCUUUAUAGAAACGGACCAACAUGUGUUUUUUUUUGUCACGAGUUGCCUGAGGAGGGACAACAGUCUUCGCUGGGCCUUUUUGAUGAUAAUGUGGUCUGUGUUACUGAUGCAGCUGCACAAAGAAAAUGAUGGAGCCUGUCUGGGUAAUGAGAUGGUCAGAGAUAAGAACCAGGGCUUCGACCUUUUUCUAAUGUUUUGAAUUUAAGGCAUUCACCUGACUUGCAGAAAGGGAAGUGGGUACGGCAGCUUCAAUAAGCUACAAGAGAUGGUAAAAGAAAAAAGUUCUUCUAAAUGACAGAAGGCGGCCGGAAAUAAAUAUUUGGCGCUCAAAUUGAAAACAUAGACACAGUAAAGACUAAAUGCAGCAGGAAUCCUGACAAAAAAUGAAAUACCCUUUAAUACUCUUUUUCUUAAUUGUAUCACUGAGUUUUAUCUGGUUGCAUCACCGCUGCACUUUAAUUUACAACUACUAUUGAUUGUAAGAUUGCACAACUAAUCUGUCUCAGUUUGUGACACCUUCUUGGAUCACUGUGUCAAACUGUGUCAAAUUAAGAUAGACGGGUCGGGAACAAGGCACAAGAACAUGAAAUAUUACUAAGUAUUACUUGGAGGCAAAUUCAAUCACAAGAUGAACAUUAUCAUGCUUUUAACUUAUAUUUGAGCAUUUCUUUCACUGUCAUCUUUUGAUUUUAUCCUGUUUUGUACAGCAAUUUGUAAAGUCAGUUUUAAUGUAUUUGUUAGCAGAAAGGUUAAGAACAUUACCUUCAGCUUCCUAACUUGUUCAGCUCGUACAGAAGGACAUAAAUAAAAUCGUCCUGUCUUUCUGUUGUAGCACAGUACUACAACAGAAAGAGAAACUUGUUAGCAAAACAAUUGUAAGUGCAGACACCUCAUUAAGUAUCAAUUGUUGAGGCUUUCAUAGUCUCCUUUCAUUUAAGCGUUUUACUCUGUGACCUCUGUGGCAGAUUGAUUUAAAUGCUUACAGCAGUUUCAUGACUUUCCCUGACUUUGAUUAGAGGGAUCAGAAACAACCCAUCCAUCCAUUAUCACCUCUUAUCCGGGGUCGGGUUGCGGUGGCAGCAGGUUCAGCAGGCCGACCCAGGCUUCCCUCUCACCCGCAACAC